UAAUAGCCUACAAAUCAUAGAUGCACAUAGUUUGAAACCACUUGCUCACCAAGUUCUCAGAAUAUUUCAUUAAUUGAUAAAUCGAUAGAUCUUCCUUCGCUUCUCUGAAAACCCUCUAUCCUUUCGUCAGGAUUCUGUGAUAUUUACUGUGAAGUUUCCCGAAACUGAUGGAGGGAAGCCAAAACAAGAUCCGCUCGACCCAAGUCCAUAAGACGAUCACCUGCAAACUCAGUCAUGUGAAGCAUGGAUAGCGGAUGAAGCGCAAAGCAGCGUGUGCACUAAAGUACACAAUUGUACCUAUACAGAUCAAAAGAAGAAAACCCACAAACCCUUAAGAAAAUGAAGAAAAACACUAUAUGACUGAGCGUGCUGGACCAUAAACAAGAGACGGUUGCUUUGUAAAACUAAUUUGUUCUUUCUGUAGCAACUCCUGGAUGAUUAUCCAAAAUGCUUCAUUGUGGGAGCAGACAAUGUAGGAUCCAAACAGAUGCAGUCGAUCCGCAUGUUCCUGCGUGGGAAGGCUGUUGUGCUGAUGGGGAAGAAUACCAUGAUGCGCAAGGCUAUCCGUGGUCAUCUGGAGAAUAACGCUGCUUUGGAAAAUUUUCCCAACAAGCCGAAGUCUGCAGAACCAUCUCCCACCAUGAUGAGCUCUUCAUUGGGCAGCAACCUGUCAGAACUGGACCGACUGCUCCUAGAACUGAACGCUGUUCAGCACAAUCCUCCUACUGGCUUCCCAACAAAUGAAGCCAGCAGAAGCCCCUCCCUGCCCAGUGGGACUGGAUCUCACUAUGUUGUCCCAGAGAGCACUAGCUCUUUGGGGGUGAAGGCAGCACCCCCUACAAAAGACAAGCCAAAGCGGAACGGAGGGCGUGGGAUUGAGGAUGUGCGUCCCAGUGUGGAGAGCCUUUUGGAUGAACUGGAGAGCUCUGUGCCAAGUCCAGUCCCUGCCAUCACUGUGAACCAGAGUGAGGUGAGCAGCCCACAGCGGGUCACCUCCAGCCAGCAGCAGACUCGCAUAUCUGCUUCUUCAGCCACAAGAGAACUGGAUGAGCUGAUGGCAUCUCUCUCGGACUUCAAGUUCAUGGCCCAGGGGAAAGCUGGGGGCAGCUCCCCUCCGUCUGCACCCCCAAAACCUGGCAGCCAGUUGGACAGUAUGUUGGGAAGCCUCCAGUCUGACCUGAACAAACUGGGAGUAGCUACCGUUGCCAAAGGUGUUUGUGGAGCCUGCAAGAAACCAAUUGCUGGACAGGUUGUCACAGCCAUGGGGAAAACCUGGCACCCAGAGCACUUCGUUUGCACCCACUGCCAGGAAGAAAUCGGGUCACCCAACUUUUUUGAACGUGAUGGUCAGCCCUACUGUGAGAAGGACUAUCAUAAUCUCUUCUCCCCUCGCUGCUACUACUGCAAUGGGCCCAUCCUCGACAAAGUGGUGACAGCCCUGGACAGGACAUGGCACCCAGAACACUUCUUUUGUGUGCAGUGUGGUGCUUUCUUUGGACCUGAAGGGUUUCAUGAGAAGGAUGGCAAAGCCUAUUGCCGCAAGGAUUACUUCGACAUGUUCGCUCCCAAGUGGGGCUGCGCCCGGGCCAUCCUGGAAAAUUACAUCUCUGCCUUGAAUACCCUGUGGCACCCUGAGUGCUUUGUCUGUCAGGAAUGUUUCACGCCGUUCAUCAACGGCAGCUUCUUUGAGCACGAUGGGCAGCCCUACUGUGAGGUGCAUUAUCACGAACGCCGCGGCUCGCUGUGUUCCGGCUGCCAGAAGCCCAUCACGGGACGCUGCAUCACCGCCAUGGCCAAGAAAUUUCACCCAGAACACUUUGUCUGUGCCUUCUGCCUCAAGCAGCUCAACAAAGGAACCUUCAAGGAACAGAAUGACAAGCCCUACUGUCAGAACUGCUUCCUCAAACUCUUCUGCUAGACGCAUCCUAGCUGGGAACGGAGCAUCUUUCUGCCACCUCACUAGGCAGCCGAGUCUCUCUGAGCAUUACUGUGAUUUAGAAACCUUGCCGGGGGAGGGGGGAGACGGGGAAGGGGGGUGCUAAGUGCUGCUCCAGAAAGACGAGAUGGACCAUUAAACUGGAAAUGCCCAUGCUGUGUUUCAGUGGGGAGAUGCUGAGCCCCAUCAUUAAAGUGUUGUAUGAUUGUUGACAGCCGAGAGGAGCCUGAAGCGCUAGCGAGGAGAUGCCUUUCUCAAGGAGAGGGCUGGAUAAAGCCUUGAGUCAGCUCUCCCUGAGCCAACAUGUGACACUUCCAAGCCAAACGUCCUUGGCUUUGGUGACACUUCUCUCUCGCUGGGGCAGUUAAGUGCUGUGUGACCCAAGCAGUAGCUCUGCUGCUGCACAGCAAGGGCCAUGCUCUGACCUCUGCAUUGCCCGGGCUGUGCAUGGUCGAGUCCUGGGGCACACGGGAUUUACUACGAUUACAGCAGCAGCCCCAGAAGCUGUAAAGACCCUGCAGUGGAGUCUUUCCAGUUCAGUAACACUGCAGGGAAUUGAUGCCACUUAUUUUUUAGAAAGGGGAAGUAGGGGGCUACUCUGUUUUUCUAGCUUGUGAUUCUCUCCCCCUUCUGAAUGGAGUGUCCCAUUUUGUGCUGGACUCCCCCAACUCCCCAGGAGUGGGUAGGGCAAAUGGUCCUAAUUCUGUUGCUCCUCGGAGAGGAGGAAACUGGCACCAAUUAAUUUUAAAAGAAAAUGCAGACAAAUUUGAGGGCCCAGCCCUCCCCUCUGAGCGAAUGUGGCUUAUGCUGUGUGUCUGGCCUGCAUUUUACUAAGGGAAGGGCCUGAAAAAUCUCUCUAGGUCUUUUUUUAAAAAGCAAGGACAAAGUAAAGCUGUAGACUUCGUAUUCCUUAUUCAUCUUCUUCUCUGCUCUUUGCUAAUCAGGCCGGCAGUCCCUCUUCUUUGAUACUGUCCUGUUCCUUACUCUUGUUCUACUGAGACUCUCUAGAGCAAUAACCUUUGAUAUUGACUGUUACUGGUCUAACAAGUCCCCGAGGUCUGGUGACCCUUGGAGUUUUGCUAUGGAACUGAAUACUAUAUGCUUUGAUAAAAACUGUGGAUUUCUACACUGAGGUUUGAGUUCAGAACUAACUUUUAAUCCUCUUCUACAGAAAUUGGUUUUGAAGUGAUUGUAAGAAAGCUACUUUUAUUUCUCACACUGUGCUGUUCUAGGCAGGUGUACCAGUUGUGCUGGUUACUGCAUCUGUAACCUCAAUGCUUGGGUCUAACAAACUAUUAACAUGAAGUAUUUUCUUUUUAUUGGGGGUUGGGAGGGCUCUGGGUUUUGCAGGGGAAGGGAAUGUGACUGGUAUUGUUUUCUAGCACAAGCAGGUGAGCUGUGAAUAGCUCUUUUAAUUAUCUCAGAUCACCUGGAAAGUUUAUUUUGUAACCUGUUAACUGCUGUAUUUGACUUACCUGCUUUCUCCAAAGCCCGACUUCCAGGGUAACAAAAAGUGAGUCUUAAUUCAGUGCCACAUGAUGCAGAGAUGGAGAACCCAAAGUCCACCCUCAUAGUUUUAUUCCUCUUCAACCAUCAGAAAUGAGAGCAGAGGGUUAACUCGGGAAGGGGAGUUCUCCCCUUAGGUGGGAAGGAUGGUCCUGGGGCUGAAAAAAAGGGCUGGGAGUCAGGAGAUCUGGAAUCUGUGCUUGAUUCUGCCACAGACUUGCUGUGUAACCGUAGGCCAGUCACUUAGCCACUCUGUGCCUCAUCUGCAAAAUGGGGCAAUAUUCCCGCCUUGUAGGAUUUUGAGGUUUAGUUCGUAUUUGUCAAAGGCACUUUCAGAUCUUCAGAAGGAGGGUGCUGUAGAAGGACAAAGGAUUGUGUUAGAAACAACCCUACAGUGUUCUACACUAAUGGUGAAAGAGGUGCAGUGAGAAGAGGGUUUUAAAAUAUGACUCUAGAAGAUUCUAGAUCUUUGGUUAUUAGGGCAUGGCACAUUGGGGUGGCUACAAAACGCUCAAAAUGGAAAAGGCAUAGGGAGUUCUGGGAUUAACUGUGUAAGAAACAAACCCUCACUUUAACAGAGGGAUCCUAGCUUACUAUUUUAAAUAACCUUAGCUCGAUGCUUCACUACCCCCCUUGAAUAAGUGGAACUGUUUUUCACUGGUUUCCCAUACAAAUGAGCCUCAGUCUGUGGUUGUGAAAACAGGGUUUUGUGGAACAAGUGGUAAAACAAAAAGCUACUCCAGCUGGGCAGAGCACAGCUUUUGGGAGGUUCCCAAGGCAAGAAACUGUCUAAAUGGUCAUUUUGGAGUUGAAAUUAGUUUUACUUAAAAUUGGGAUUUCUGAGCUUCCUGCUGAAACUGACACUUGUUCUGACCCCGCUGGUUGGGAGAACGGUCCUGUGUCCAGUGCACAGGACUGGGAGUGUCUCUGCCACUGCAUUUCUGUGUGAUACUGAGGGAGUUUAUAGCCUUCUGUGCCUCAGUUUCCUUAUCUGUAAAAUGGGGAUAAUACUUAACCUACCUCACUGGGGUGUUGAGGCUUAAUUCACGGAUAUUUCUGAAGGGCUUUGAGACCCUUGGAGGGAAGGUGCUGUAAAAGGGGAAAAUCUUGUUACAGUAUCCCAGUGUCAGAGCAAAACCGUUUCAUCCCCUUUUAAUAAUGGUUUAGUAGUCUCCAUGACCAGUACUCCCUUAGCAAAAUGUUGAGAGCUUUCCUGAUCAAUUGGGAUUUAAACUGGUUUGGGGAUGGGUCCUAUGCUCAUUGCUGCCUCCAAAUGUUACUUUCCCUCAAGAUGGCUGCUGCCAGUAGGAGGGUCAGAAAUACCCAUUUUAAAUUUCCUAAAUUCAAGUACAGUUUAGACUGGAACAUUUGAAAUGCUGUACAGAGCAAACUGGGGAAAGGGAUGUGUUAAGAUUGCCCUGGGUGAUUAGCAAGCAUACUUCACAGAUACUGAUGGUGCUAAAGUGCAGACCAGCAAGUUGUACUACUGCACUGUUGCAGGUAGUGGGACGUGUCGAAGGAGUGGUUGGGGAGAGGGGUUAGGCGAGAAUGUGCUUUUGGAAGGCUGAGAUGGGUAAUUCAGGCUUAAACUGGACACAGGAGGCAGGUGUGUACAGUACACAGCCUCUGAGGAGCUACAAGACUGCAUGCAGAGGCCUGGCAGCUGCCCAUUCAGAGGCAAGUUAAGCUCUAGAUACACCCCUGUUUCUUUGAAAGGUUUUGUGUUAGGGUUACUAUAAUGUUGUCUUGAAAGGCCUCAGUUCUCUGUUUACAAUGAUCUCCUCAUCUGAUGAACUCUGGCAGUGCAAUCAAAGAGCUAUCAGCCAAGGUGGGUCUCAAUCAAAUCACGCCCCAAAUAGCUUGGGGGGAUUUCCCUCUGGGUCGACAGUUACUUCAUUUGGUUUCCCUUGUAAACUUCUAACUCUGCUUUUUUCCGUUUAAAAUCCCUGUGAUUAUGCUAAUAAAAUUUUACCAUUAUUUUCA